AUGAGCAGGCUUGGAAAAGCUCAUUUACCAUCACCUUUAAAAAUUUGUGAAGGUGAAGGAGAAUCAUUACAGGUUGUUGAGAGUAUACAACCAAAUAUUCAUUCCUUGAAGGGGAAAUCCUCUUAUUUAGGUUUACCCCUCAAGAUCCCAGAAAAUCAGAAAAUAAGGUUUUUUGGGAAGACACCAUUCAUCCCAAAAAUUGCUUCCUCACCUGCGAAAAGGGUGAAAUUUCCUGCUCAUUUGACUUAUAAGGGGGAGACGUGUCCAAAUGUCCAUCUAACAGCCUUUAAUAAUGAGAUGGACAUGAAUAGUCACACCAAUGCCAGUUGGUGCAAAAAUUUCAUUCUAACCUUAACUGGUACAGCACAGAAAUGGGCUCAAAGCCUCCUAGAUGGCUCGAUUUCCUCAUUUGAUGAACUUGCUAAAAAGUUCAAGAGUCAUUUCUCAUCAAGGACUGCCAGAUCUAAGCAAUCCAUUGAAAUAAUGAGCAUAAGACAGGGAAAAGAUGAAUCCAUGAGGAAUUACGUCUCUAGGUUCGACAAAGAAAGUUUGCAGGUGCUGAACCCUGAAGAAAAUAUCUUGACCUUCGCUUCCAGACAAGGCCUAAACUCUGAUAGGCCUGAAAGUGAGGCUCUGAAGUUCAGCAACCAGUGGACUUAUUUGAAGACAAUGAAGGAAGUUAGAGAAUAUGCCCAGUCCCAUGUAGAUGUGGAAGAUUUUAAAUCCAUAACAGGGACAAUGGAGCAUAAAGGGAAAAUCCCUAAGAGGGGCAGCAAGAAGCCAUCUGAAAGACAUGAUAGGGCUAAAAUCUUUAAUGUACAUAAAGUGGAUACCAGAUGGCAGAGGCCAGUCCAGAGGAAAGUUGUUGGCAAGAACCCAGGUGCUUAUUGCAAAUUUCAUGAAUGUCCAGGUCAUUGGACAGAACAUUGUAAACAAGAUAAAACUUUCUGCAAAAGACAAGCUGAAAGUAGAUCCAGACAAGCCAGAGGGGAAGGGGAGCAAGCCCCAAAGAAGAAGAAGGAAAUUUUUGUGAUAUUUCAGAAAUCCGAGAUAUUUGAUAAUAAAGCACCCUUGAGAGCAACAACAGCUCCCAGAUUAGAGCCGAUGGAAAUCACAGAGCCGGCUGAACCACCACAACUGCCAGAUAUGACCUUCACUAGGGAGGAUUGCAGAGGGGUAUCCUAUCCCCAUUCAGAUCCCCUGGUGAUGGUUGUAGACAUUACUGAUCAAUCUGUACAUAGAAUGCUGCUAGAUAGUGGUGCUGAAAUUAAUGUUCUCUAUAAAUCCUACUAG